CUCGUGCUUUUAGACUGAUUACAGGAUAUAAAUAGCCAAGGCCAAAUGGAAUGUUAUUAUAUCUUCGACUUCACUUCGGGUAAAGGAUGCUUUUUUCUGCUGUUCUGAUGAACCCUAGAGGAAGAGGGCGAGGUCCGCAGGAGACCUGACCAGGGCGUGGUGAGGUCCGCGCAGACUCAGCUCCUCCGCUCCCAGAGGAAGUCCCGGGUGCCGGCGUCUGCGGUCACCAUGGUGACGAGACCAACUUCCGUCCUACCCACCUGCCUGUUGCCCCGCGAGGCUCACCAUGGCAACCAGACAUCCGGGUCUGGGAAGCUGGUUCUGCAGGUCUCCACCGUUAGGGAAACGGGGCGGACGCCGCCCCCAUCCCGAGGGGACUCGAAAAUGUACAGCCAGCGGUUUGGCAUCGUACAGCGGGAGGUUAAGGGCCCCACUCCCAAAGUGGUGAUUGUGAGACCCAAGCCUCCCAAAGGCCAAAGGGCUGAGCAAAAACUGGAAAGAAUCUUACGUGAACAUCAGAAACAUCAUGCUAUUUUGGAUUCCAUUAAGUCAGUAGAGAGGGAUCGCUUGAAAGCUGACUGGUACCAGCAUAAUGACCGCAAAUUUGUGGAUAGCCUUGUGAAAGCAAGAACCAAGGAUGCCAUGCAAGGGUUUAUCACCAACACUGAAGAAAGACGAAAUAAGCUCCGUGAACUUUUAGCAUCAGAAGAAAAUGAGUAUUUUACUGAAAUGCAAUUGAAAGAAGAAACAGUUGAGGAAAAAAAAGAUAGAAUGAAAGAUAAAACCAGAUUAUUAAAGGAGAAGAAAGAAAAAGAGAGACAGGAUUUUGUGGCUGAAAAGCUAGACCAGCAAUUCAGGGAAUGCUGUGAGGAGCUCCGUAUUGAAUUGUUUUCUACCCAUCAGAAAAAGGUGUGCGAGGAGCGUAAAGCACAGAUUGCAUUUAAUGAGGAGCUGAAAAGGCAAAAGCUGGUAGAAGAGCAGAUGUUCUCCAAGCUCUGGGAGGAAGACCGAUUAGCCAAGGAAAAGCGAGAAGCAAAAGAGGCGAGCAGACAGAAAGAGCUCAUGGAGAACACACGCCUGGGACUGAAUGCCCAGAUCACUGAAAUCAAGGCGCAAAGGCAGGCAGCGCAGCAGCUGAAGGAAGAGGAGGCGCGCUUUUUGGAAGAUGACAAAGCUCAGGUGAAACUUGAGAAUGAGCGGGACAAGCUAAAGAAACAGAAGACAAAACAGGAAAUGAGGACCACUUUGCAAAAAGCCCUCCAAGAGAAGAUAGAACGCAUUCAGCAGGAAUACAGAGAAGAGCAGGACUUGAACAUGAAGCUCGUGCAAAGGGCCCUGCAAGACUUAAAGGAAGAGGCUGAUAAAAAGAAGCAAAGAAAAGAAGAUAUGGUAAGAGAACAGAAGACGUAUUAUCAGUAUUUGGCACAGCGGCGUGAGGAGGAAAAUGCUCAGGAGAAAGAACUGGACCGGCUAUUAGAGGAAGAGAAGGCAAAGAAGAUGGUGGAGAAGGAGAAGCAGCUGAGGCUUGAGAAGGAGGCAAGGAAACGCCUCGUGGACGAGGUCAUGUGUACAAGAAAGCUUCAAGUUCAAGAAAAGCUGCAACGAAAAGCGAAAGAACAGGAAGAGCGGGCUCUGGAACAGGAACACAUACACGAAGGCCUCAAUGAGCUUAACCGUCAGGAGAAGGAGAAUUUUGCAAGACGCUCCGGUUUAGCCCAGGAACACCAGAAGCAACUUCAGAUGCAAAUAUCCUACCAACAGCGGGCCCGGGAAGCACAGAAGGAAGAGGAACGCCAAGAGCUGGAAGCAGGGAUAGCAGCAAACAAGAUUCACCAGGACAAGAUCCAGGAGCUCCUGUCCGCCCAUCGAGUGCAGCUGCAAAAUGUCCAUCCCAUGCGGAGGGCAUGCCCUAUUAAACUUCCACCAUAGUUCCAUAAACAUCAGUUUCUUUUUCAGUCUUUUAAUAUUUUUAACUACAAUAUGCUUAUAUGUUCCUUUGAAUUCACAGAUAAACUUCCUUUUUCUCUGAGUUUGCAUAAUGAUACAUAAUUGUGUUCCUUUUUUAAAUUUCACAGACUUACAAAUC